GCUCCUUUUUUUUCUAUUACAUUCGUCCAUUUAAUUCAUCAAAUCUGCUGAUCUUGAGUGACACUCACGCGCCGAAGCGGGAGAAGAAGGAGGCCAACGUCCUUGUCUCCUAUAAUACAUCCUCACUCUUUUAGUAAUCCUUAAACCUUGAAGCUUUCCUAAAAUGGCGGAACCACCUCUGGAGGAGCUUCCUGACACUUCUCUUACUUUCUCUUCCAUCGCCAUCCCUCCUCUUUCAGUUGUUGAUUUCUGCAAUUCUACCUCCGAUCGUCAAGCUCUCCUUGGGAACUCGAUCUCCGACCUGAUCGAAAACGACGGAGACGGAGACUUCGAUUUCACUUUUGCAGACAGUAUUGGUGACCUUUAUUUUCCAUCUGAGAACGAAUCCUUCUUCACUCCUCUUGACGCUACCAAUCUAGAAUUGUUCCGUGGAUUUACGCCGGCGUCGGGAAUUUCAGGCGAAGAUGACGCGGAUAAGAAUGAUAACGGCGUGUUGAUUUCUACUUCAGCCUCCUGCGAUCAGGAAUCGCCUAAGGAUUCUGAUUGCUCCGAUACUACUACUCAUAGCUUGAGUUCAUCGACUCCAGAGUUGGUGAAUUACGUCUCUCAUAUCCUGGAAGCUACAAAUGCGUCGUCUUCACUUGGAUCCGCACAAAUGGUGAUCGAUCAGAAACUUAAGGUGGAGGAGGAAGCCACUACGUAUAAGACAUCUAUUCCGAAGAGGAGAAAAGAGAUUGAUGAAGAAGAUACCAGCAACGAAUCUUGGAACAACAAGUACAGGAGAAUGGAUCGAGAUGGUUUUGCAGGUAUUGGUGUCGCAGAAGAUGAUCAGAAGAGGAACGUGAGACUCAUUAGAAACCGUGAAAGUGCUCACCUUUCAAGACAGAGGAAGAGACAUUACGUUGAGGAGUUAGAAGAUAAAGUCAAGAUUAUGCAUUCCACUAUAUGUGAUUUGAACAGUAAGAUGUCUUUUUUCAUGGCUGAAAAUGUCACUUUGAGGCACCAGGUGAGCUCCGGAAGUAAUAUAUAUCUACCACUUCAGCCACGGCCUGGAAUAUAUUCAGUGCCUUAUCCAUGUUUGCCGUAUCCGGCUUAUAUGGUUAAACCUCAGGGUUCUCAAGUGGCUUUGCUUCCUAUUCCUCGAUUGAAACCACAACAAUCCGUGGCUAAGGUGAAGAAGUUCAAGAAGGUUGCUAGUUUUAGUGUUCUUGGUAUUCUGUUUUGUCUAUUUUUGUUUGGUGCAUUGGCUCCCAUUGUGAACAUUAGCUAUAAGUCUAACUACGUCACUGACUGGGUUUAUGAUCAGUCUAGAGGGAGAGUUUUGGAUGUUAAUGGUUACUUGGAUGUGUCUGUUAAUAGUAACAGAGCACAUUGUGGGAGAGAUUCUGAUCAAGAAAUGGGAAGAAACGUUUCUGCAACAGAGACCUCGGGGCCUCCUCGAAAUAGUAGUGAACCUCUAGUUGCAUCUCUAUUUGUUCCGAGGAAUGACAAGCUUGUGAAGAUCGAUGGAAAUUUGAUUAUUCAUUCUAUUACGGAGAGUGAGAAAUCCAUGGCUACUGAAACGAAGAACGAAGGAGGGAAAUGCGAUGAAUCAACUACUAAUAAAGGUGAUUUUCAUGCAUUGCCUUUACCUGACUCGACAAAGACCGAUGAUAUGUCUAAGAACAUCUAUAGCAAGAAGCGGAAAGCCCUGUCAUCGUCUGGCUAUAAUGAUGCUUCAGAAGACCAACUAAAAUCAACAACAACAGCCAAUGGUAAAAUGCAGCAAUGGUUUCGUGAAGGUGUUGCAGGGCCAAUGUUCAGUUCAGGGAUGUGCACCAGCGUUUUUCAGUUCGAUGUCUCCACAACCUCAGGCGCCAUCAUUCCUGCUUCUCCACCUAUUCAACAGUCUGAGCACACCACUGAUACACACAAGGGAAAACAGAAUAGAAGAAUCCUCCGUGGUGGUCUUCCGGUAUCUGAUUUUAAUCUUACCAAAGAGCAUAACAGCUCAAGCAACAAGACCCUCCAGGACACCAAGCCUUCCACGUCAAUGAUUGUUUCUGUGCUUGUUGAUCCCAGAGAAGGCGGUGAAGGAGACAUUGACGGGAUGAUGGGAGUAACAAAAUCACUGUCCCGAGUUUUUAUAGUCUUGCUUGUGGACGAUGUGAAGUAUGUAACAUACUCAUGCGUUCUUCCACAACCUGAAGUCCCUCAUCUCAUGACCACUUGACUUCCUCUGUAUGCAGAAACCAUAAAAGAAGGGAGUUUCCACACAAUGUGUCAGAAUCUAAGUAACAUCUUGUACCGUUGUUCGCUUUUUGAAUCAAAUAUAGAAAUCCUAACCCUGUAA